AUGUCUACCCUUCUGAAAGGUAAAAGUAUUGUUCUGUUAUUGUCAGUUUUGGCAACAAUCCAAAUUAAUCAAUGUCUAGCCCUUUUGGAUAAAACGUGGAAAAAUGAACGAAUCCUAGAUGGCAAAACAGACUUGCAAUCACACCAAGAUUUAUCAUGGAAUCUCUUAACGAGGAAGAAUGAUGAUAAUCGUCGUCGUCACCCUUCCAUACCAUAUGGUAUUCCAAGUGGAAACAAUCCUCAUCGGCCGUCUCCAUUACACCAUCAAAAUAGCAAUUCUCUCCAAGAUCGACCACGGCGCGAAGUCCCAUCCAACAAUCAAAGGCCCAAUUUUACAUCACGAUUUUAUUAUAAAUCGAUAGAAUGCGCUUUACAGCACGAAUCGAUUGUAGUCACUGUCGGUGCAAAAGUACCCGAUGGCAGUAUUAUUCGAUAUUCAAUCGAUAGCGGUAAUGAAGAUGGCUUAUUCUUUAUCGGCGAAUUAAAUGGAAAUAUACGAUUAUUGGCAACACCACGUAUCCAAGAUUAUGAAUUAAUUGUGCGUGCAACAGUCAAUUCUAAUUUAAAUUUACACAACACUGUUCAAGUUUACAUUCAUGUUUAUUUUCCUGGUGGAGCUCCAAUAUUUCGCCAACCACUUUAUCAAGUUAAUGUUACAGAACAGCUACCAGCCAAUACUCCCAUGAUCCGCAUUGAAGCGUUAUCCGAUGACAAAAUCACUUAUGCCAUUGCUUCGGGCAAUAAGCAUUCUAGCUUUGCUAUAGGCCAAAAUAAUGGCAACUUAAAUACUACACGGGCAUUAGUUUAUUCACCGACAAGCAACACUUUUACACUGAUUGUUAGCGCUAAAGAUAUCAGUGAAAGAAUUUCCACCAUUAAAGUAAUCAUCCAUGUUGUACGCAGUCCAUUCCGGCCAUUAUUUCAACCUACUCAAAGUAGCCACCAUCCUUGGAAAGGAAUCUAUCAUGACAAUGUUAGUGAAAAUGCCACUAUUGGAAGUGCUAUUUUACGAGUCCAUGCUAGUACUAUACUAUCGGCGCGAAUGAAUGAUCAAAUCACUUACUACAUUGCCUCUGGCAAUCACAAUCAUAGUUUCCUAUUGAAUCCGAAUACAGGCUAUUUAACUGUGGCUAAAGCAUUAGAUCGAGAAAGGCAAUCAUCAUACCAAUUUUCAAUUAGAGCAACCAGUAAGAAACAUCCAAUGCUGUAUGAUGAUGCCGUAGUCAAGAUUACAGUAAUCGACGUCAACGAUAAUGCACCAAAAUUUAAUGCUAGUUGCUUAACCGAUGAGAAAAGUAGAAAAUUUGCAGCUCAAAGGAGACAAGGUCUGUGCAUGAGAUUAAUUAAUGAAAAUGCUGCUAUUGGAGAAAUUGUGCUAGCAGUAAUAGCAACUGAUCCUGAUAGUGGUAAUAAUGGCAAAAUAAUUUACACUAUUGUCGACGGCAACAUCGGCGAUACUUUCUUAAUUAACGCUAAAACUGGUUAUAUUACUUUACGACGCCACCUGGAUCGUGAGACUGUUGCAGCCUACAGACUAACUAUCCAAGCAGCGGAUGAGGGAAUACCAUCUCGUAAUAGCAAAAUCGAUGUUUCUGUUUAUGUUUCCGACAUUAACGAUAACCCACCUAAGGUUAAUGCUUCAAGCUUAGUAGGUAUGUAA